AUGCACGCUGGACAUAUAGAGAUCACCCCGGAACAUAAUGGCCAUCUCUUUUUUUGGCACUAUCAGAAUCGACAUAUCGCAGACCGGCCGAGGACGGUCAUCUGGUUGAAUGGCGGACCAGGAUGCAGUUCCAUGGAUGGGGCAUUGAUGGAACUGGGCCCAUAUCGUGUGAAAGAAGGGGGCAAGCUGGCAUAUAACGAGGGUUCGUGGGAUGAGUUUGCUAAUUUAUUGUUUGUCGACAAUCCCGUCGGGACUGGCUUCAGUUAUGUCAACACUGAUAGUUAUCUGCACGAACUACAAGAGAUGGCAGAUCAGUUCACAAUCUUCCUCGAGAAAUGGUUCGCGCUGUUCCCUCAGUACGAGAACGAUGACAUCUACUUUGCUGGCGAAUCUUAUGCUGGGCAGCAUAUCCCCUACAUUGCUCGGACCCUGAUCAAUCGCAACAUUAAGGCGCAGGCAGAAGGAAAGCGACAGUGGAAUAUUAAGGGUUUACUGAUUGGAAACGGCUGGAUCUCGCCCGCCGAGCAAUAUCGGGCCUAUCUCCCAUUUGCCUACGAAGAAGGCCUGAUCCAAGGCGGCACACCCGCAGCCGACAGAAUCGAGGCAGCACAAUCCAAGUGCAUUGAAGAGUUGGCCAAACCAGGAGUGUCAGAAAAAGUUGAUGUCAGCAUAUGCGAAAACGUGUUAUCCCAGAUCCUGGAUGCGACCAAAGCAGAUGGUCAAUGCUACAAUAUGUACGAUGUACGAUUGAAGGACAGAUGGCCAUCGUGUGGAAUGGCAUGGCCGCCCGAUCUUGAAACCGUAACACCGUACCUUCGACAGGAUGAUGUGAUUGAGGCUCUGCAUAUCAACAAGGACAAACGAACAGGCUGGACCGAAUGCUCCGGCGCUGUUUCUUCGUCGUUUCGAGCAAGCCACUCGACACCAGCCAUUCGAUUCCUUCCCGAAAUUAUUGAGGCCGGGGUACCCAUCCUUCUUUUCAGUGGUGCAAAGGAUCUCAUCUGCAACCAUAAAGGCACGGAAGACAUGAUUGGCAAUAUGAAGUGGCUCGGAGGAACAGGCUUUGAACUUUCGCCGGGAGUGUGGGCUCCCAAGCAAGAUUGGGAGUUUGAAGGCGAGUCAGCUGGGUUCUACCAGGAAGCCCGAAAUUUGACGUACGUGCUGUUUUACAACGCCAGUCAUAUGGUACCAUUUGAUUGGCCACGCCGGAGUCGAGAUAUGCUCGACCGAUUCAUGGGAGUCGACAUUGCCAGCAUUGGCGGGCAACCAGCGGACAGCCGGCUCGAUGGGGAGAAGGCAGGCAGCGAAACCAGUGUUGGAGGCCAUCCUAACAGCACGGCGGCAAUUGAAGAAGAAAAUCAGAAACUCAAAGACGCGGAGCUGAAGGCCUACUAUCAUAGCGGAGAGGCUGCGUUGGUGGUGGUGCUGAUCGCGGCCGGACUAUUUGGCUGGUGGGUGUGGCGGGGCCGGAGAAAGUCACGCGGGCUGGGGUAUAUCAGCGUGCCUCUGGUCAAUGGAUCCUCGCUUAAGAGGCGGGAUGUGGAAGCUGGAGAUUUUGACGAGAGCGAACUGGACAACUUGAAUUCGAAUCGACGGCGGGAUGACAUGGAGGGCAGCCGUUAUGACCUGGCCAGUGACAGUGAGGAUGAUGACAACGACUCAGGAGCAGGAGGGAAACGCGGGCAAUAA